AUGGAAGCACCAUGCGUUUUGGCAUUAGGUGGAAAAGCUCCUGCGGUGGUAAAACAUGAUUUUCUACAUGUCGUGUUCCAUUCAUCACCUCAUAUCCCUCUCCAUGUCCUCAACGACGCCAACAUUAAAGAAGCAGCAAAAUCCAUCGUCACCGGCGCCAUGCUCCAUUCUGGUCAGAUGUGCAUGUCUACCAGACGUGUUAUCGUACAAAGCAGAGUUGGGAAAGCUCUCACGGAAGAAAUUAUCAACCUUGUUGGGCAACUGAAAAUCGGAGAUCCUAAUGAGGAAAAACUGGGAUCACUUUUCUCUGAAGAUCACGCCGAGGGCGUGUUGAACUUAUUGCGAGAAUCGCAAACGGCAGGGGCCCAAAUUUUGUUUGAGAGUGUGUCCAGGCAGGGGGGUGUUGUGGAACCACAUGUGGUGAUGGAGGUGAAGCCUGGGAUGAAAUUGUGGGAUCGAGAGUCGUUUGGACCUGUGCUUGUCAUUUCGGUCGUCGAAACUGUUGAUGAGGCUGUGGAACUCGCGAAUGCUUCGAACUAUUCGCUGACCUCUUCACUGUGGACGUCCGAUCUCUACAAGGCUCAGGAAGUCGCGUCGAGGAUUAAUGCGGGGUACACGAACGUCAAUGGAAGCACGAUCCACACUGAACCGACACUCGCAAUAAGUGGCUUAGGCGGCUCUUCGGGUUACGGUCUUUUCGGAGUAGAUGACUUCACGUAUGAAAAGUCGGUGGUGGUUCAUCCGGCGGGACAGCCGUCAUUAUUAUUCGAUUGA